UCACUCAACUACGUGUCCUUGUUAACAUUUUUCAUCGUUAAAAGUCCAAACACGCGCCUCCACCAACGAACGUCUCUGCUGUUUCUUUCUAUCCAAUUCACUUCAAUUCUGCAUUUAAGAUCCGAUAACAACUUCAUCCACCAGUUUUAUUCACACCUUUCACACACACGUUCACAUUUUCUCUCUCUCUGUGUGUUUCAAUGGUGGUGUACAUAUAACAACAUACUCACUGUUAGUUACAUAUUGAUCUCUGAAUUCUAGUGAAAUUACAUUUUUAGUGUCGGUGAAUUGAGAUUUUUUGUUGCUAAAUCUUAUCUUCAACGUGUUACAGGUUGGUGGAGAUGGAGAUGGAGGGAGGGAUUAUUAAUCCUGAUGCAACACUUGAUUAUGUUGAAUUUCACAUGUUUCCUAGCCAGAACAGAUUUGAGGCAAUUGCAUGGAGUAGCAACCGAGAAGAGAAUGUAGCAUCCGGACCAUUGGAACAACUGUUGUUGUUGGAUUCACCUGAAAUCAAAACUUUGUCCAACAAAGGCUCCGACACAACGUUCAAGAUUUUACCGCCUGAGAAUGUUAGCGAUGCCAGCUGGUUCACAGCGGCCACACUGACAAGAUUUCUACACUUUAUCGGUUUGCCAGACGUUCUUAACAUUGGAAAGGAAAUUUCACAGUUAGAGGAAACCAGAAAUUUUCAACUCUCGUUAUUCGAUAAGGCUGAAGCUGAUAUAACCACAUCGGUUGAGUCGAAGAAUGAACUACUGCUAGCAGUUGAUUUGAGAUUAACGGUGUUAAAAAAAGAAGUCGCUUCUACGUUUAACCAGGUUAUCGGUUCCAAAUCCUCACCUAAGGAUAUUUCCGAUACGAAAAACUUCGGCUUUCAUUUUGGAACCAAGAAUCUAAGGGAUUCAUUACAGAAUUUUGUUGAAUCAAUCACAAUAUCAACCGAAGAUGAAGAAGAUUCAACCGUUUCAAGCGAGAACGAUGAACCGUCUGUUGAACGAAGUCGGGGUCUUACAAGAUCUGCAACGCCUAGAAGAUCAGCAUCUCCUAUGAGAAGAAUCCAGAUCGGCCGAUCCGGUUCUAGAAGAGCAGCUUCACUAAGUAUUAAAAGUCUCAACUAUUUUCCGGUCAAGGAAAAGUCAACAUCCCAUGGAGAGGCAGAUGUUGACAGUAGUGAAGAAGAUUCACAGAGACCCGUUAAGAACAAUGCGUUAAGAAUGAGCGUGCAAGAUAAAAUCAGUCUUUUUGAAAGCAAACAGAGAGAACAAGGUGUAGCAGAUGUUCAUAAGACGAAAACGAGUGUCGGUGCGAACAAAGCCGUACUUAGAAGAUGGAGUUCAGCGAUUGGUGAAAAAGCCGAGACGCAUGAAAACAGUCCUAAAAGUGUAGAACCGGAUAGUAUUAUUAAUAAAACCGAAACUUGUGUUGGGACGUCAGAAAACGUGUUAUUAGCGUCUGAAACGGGAGCGUCUGAGCAAUGCAGGGUGGAAGUUGACACACCUGAACCUGAAAGAGAUGAAAGUCGUGAAAAGAAUGAGUUGUUCAACGAACUGAUGGAAAGCAAGCCGCAAAAAGUGACUAGUGAUAAUAACAGAAAUAAGAGUCCGAAAGAGCAGAGAGGAGGAUUAUACGAUCUUUAUAAGAAAAAGAGAGAAGAAAAGCUCCAAACGGAAGCUUCUAGAAAGAUAGUUGAGAAAGAAGCGAAGACGACUUCCGGUUCCACUAAAGUGAUUGGAGCUAACAGAAGACUUUACGCUGCAAACGAGCUACAAAAAACUCAAAAGAACUCGAGUCCGUUGACCAGUUCCAGAACAAAAUCUUCUUCUGUGAAGAAAUCGACAUCAAAAGAUUCAAAACCGUCACCUUUGCCUGCUACACGUAAGUCAUGGCCUUCAACACCAUCACCCGCUAGAACACAAAUGGCCCCCACUUCGACUACUUCCACACCAACAAAUCGAAAACCUCAAUCUGCUUCAAGUGCUUCAUCAAUUGUUCGUUCAGGUACAAAAGUCGAAAAUGUACAACCCAAGUUGAAGACUCCGAAGGCAGUGCAGAAAGACGCUAACAUGACAGUUAAAGCUAUGAACGAGAAGAAGCAGGCUAAAGUAACUGAAAACAAAAGGAUGACAAAAACCGCUGACACUACUGCUACUGCUAAACCCAGUAUUUAUAACAAAGUUACUAAGAAAAGCAGUGUGGUUCCUCUGGAAACUAAACCGUUUCUUCGUAAGGGAUCUGGGACCGGCCCGAGUGUUGGUCCGGUUAUCAAGACUAAAAUGAAUAAGGUGGCCACAAGGAUUAAUAUAACCAGUCAAAAUCAGGAGAUCGAGUAUGAACCAUCAGAAACACGUGCGAGCGUAGAUUUGGAACCGCAAGUGGUUAGCCUUAGCCCCACCAAACGUGAGGAACCGGAGAGUAGUGGUGACGGUGGUGGUGGUGGUGGCGGUUCAAGGGCGGAAGUGUCGGAAAUCAAUACUCUAAUAACGGAAGAAUUAGAAAUUCCACCGACUGCAUGGGUGGUAGGUGAAGAGCAUCAACAGGAUGAGAUAGUUUCAUGCAAGGAAAGCCCUGUUCAGACUUCAUCUCCACCCAAUGUCGAAACGCCAGCUGGAUUUGUGCGUCCACGUAUUCGUCACUCUUUAUCUCAAAUGCUUCUUGAGGACAGCAAUGAAGUUGAAAUUGAUGAAUGGGGAAAUGCUGAACAUCCUCCUACCAUGGUCUACCAAAAAGAUGCACCGAGGGGAUUAAAACGACUCUUGAAGUUUGCACGAAAAGCUAAAGCUGAUUCACAUCUAACAGCUGGUGGUUGGUCCAGCCCGUCGGCAUUUUCUGAAGGAGAGGAUGAUAUUGAGGAAUCUAAAGGUCAAUCAAGUUUGAGUAGAUAUAGUGUGCAGAAUCAUCAUAGGGUACCAGAAGGUCAUGUCUCAGCUUCCAUGAACACAACAAAAGCAACAAGGUCAUUCUUCUCUCUUUCAGCAUUUAGGGGCAACAAGACGAACGAAACCAAGCUUCUUCAGCAUUAAAGGUGAAGUUUGGUUUUGAUCUUUUUUACUAGAGGUGGCAAUUUUGACCCAUCUACUUAUCAGUGAGGGUUGUGUUUUAUCUCUAGGACGGGUCAAAUUUAAAAAAAAAAAGGUUACCUAAAAGGUGAACGAGUCAAACUUGCUAAAAUCCGCACACAAUCAUAUAUAAAAAAUACUACCUCUUAAAUCAUAUCAAUCAAAAAAAAUGGACAAAAGGUGUUUUGAGGGUCAUACAACAUGCUUCAACCGGCUUGGCCCGUAGAAAUAAUGGUAUGUUGAUUCCUUAAAAAUAAAUUCUUUUACUAAGACCAAGGAAUGAUUGUUC